CAUCCCUGGGCCUCCGCGCAAUUCCCAGAUCGGCCUCCGUCCAAGUGUCCAAGGGUUGUCUAUUUCCAAAAUGGGUAAUUGCAGCACCUCAUCUUCCACCCAGGUGGCCACCACCGCCAAACUCGUUCUGCACGACGGGAGGCUCCAAGAGUUCUCCUAUCCCGUCAAGGCUUCCUACGUCUUGCAGAAGUAUCCCAGGUGUUUUAUUUGCAACUCCGACGACAUGGACUUCGACGACGUCGUCAGCGCCAUCGACGAAGACGAACACUUGCAACUCGGCCAGCUCUAUUUUGUGUUGCCUCUGACCCGCUUAGAGCAUCGCUUGCGGGCCGAGGAGAUGGCCGCAUUGGCCGUCAAAGCCAGCUCGGCCCUUACAAAAAGCAGCGGGGGUGGGAAAUACGUCUGCGGCCGGCAACAACUCCUGUUUUCCGGCGAAGAGACAAAACGAUCUUUUAAGAGAGUGUCUCUGGGAGUUAAUAACGGCGAUAAGUCCACCAGGAGAGGGAGGAGCGGGGGAAAGUCUACAGCUCUGUUGAGUGCAAUACCGGAGUAGGGGUAGUUUCAGUCCAAAAUGUGGGCCGGUGAUUUUGUUUUUGCUUUUUUUUUUUUGGUUGUUGUAUAUACAUUUAAUUUGCUCCCCAAGGAAUACUUAAUUCUCGAACGUGACAAAGAGCUGGAUGUUCCGUUGAAAACAAAUUAUAAUGAUUAGAUUUGAGCAGUGGGCAAAGCUUGACUCGUUCUGG